AUGCUAUCUCUCAAAAGCGAGGCUCUAGAGGACACAGUUUGCCUUACGUCCCCAGAACCAUCUGGUGCUCAGGAAUUACAAUUCUGGGAAACAUUUGCAUUUGACAUGGAGCGGGAGCAACACGCAAACUCUCGGAAUCCUCGAGACCCACAAAGAUCACGCUCUACUUCUACGUCUAAUACGACAGCGCAGCAUUCGCGUAUACAUUCAGGAGCUCCAAGCGUACAAGAUGCUGCAUUACUGGCCCAAUUUGCCGCUGCCACAGGGGGCGGCGACCUCAGUCAGGUGUAUUCCAAUAUAAUGGCCCAAAACCCUUAUCCAUCCAUGGGCCCAACGCCUGGCUUUUACGGAAACUUCUUGCACCACGGUUCGAUGCCGACGCAACUGCCUCCGCUAUCUUCACUUGACUUUCCAUGGAAUAACGUCCCCCAGCAACCGCAGGCUAGUUCCAGUCAUUACGACCACCGUCAAGAAGAUCCAAAUACAAGAAUGCAUACUUUACCACCAUAUAUGGACGCGCAGUUUACACCGUCUGGGCCCCGCCCUGCUCAGACGACUAAAGAGAGCAAGCGAGGGAAAGCGGCAUCAAGCUCCACGGUGAAUGAGAAUCGAUCAACAAGUUCUCCGGAGGUCGAUAUGACGGAAGCGGAACGCGCAGCCAUCGCAGACGAGAAAAGACGCAGAAAUACAGCAGCAUCCGCGCGUUUUCGAAUCAAGAAGAAGCACAAAACUCUGGGACUCGAGCGAUCCGUGUCGGACCUGACUGGGAGGGCAGAAGAACUAGAGAGAGAGGCUGCCGACUUGCGUAGAGAGAACGGAUGGUUAAAAGAAAUCGUCAUGCUCAAAGGCACCAGAUUUGCCGCAAAUAACGCGGCACAUAGGGAAGCAUUGAGUCAGGCCGCUGCUCUCGCAACUGGUGGUUAUACAGACGCGUCCAGGGAACCUGCGGGUAGUUCGACUCGGAAGGGAGAGGCAUCAGAGUCCGAGCGAUCAGAAUCAGAGUCAUCCGAUGUUGAGGAAAAAAAGUCAAAGACCAAGGGGAAGGGGAAGAAAUCGUCAAAAAAUGAGUGA